AUGCCUGCGUUGCCACGCCACCGAGGACGACCGCGUGGUUCCAAAAAUAAGCCAAAAGCGUACGCCAAAGUGUUCAUAUCCAAAAAGGAGAGGGACGACCUUGAACUUGCCGUCAAGCUGCAGCGUGAAGACAAGAUCGCCACCAACGGCGCGCCGUUCGAAUUAUCAGGAAAAACAGAGAUCGACAGCUUGAUAGCAAAUGGGACCUUCAAGAUUCUUCACCGUGCCGAUAUGGACCUGCGUGGCAUCAGAAUUUUCAAUUCCCGCCUUGUCAACGAGAUAAAGGGCAAGAACGAGAUUCCCUAUGAGAAAUCUCGACUUGUUAUACAAGGAUAUAACGACGCUGGGAAGAAUAAGAUCUUGACCCAGGCACCCACGAUCCAGCGUGCAAGCCAACGCUUAUUAGUGUCGCUUAUCCCUACACUCAUUGAGAUGGGAAUGGUCGUUGAGAUCUGGGAUAUCACGCAAGCAUACACACAGGCAAAGACCAAGCUCGAGCGUCUGAUUAUCGUCAAUCUUCCCAUUGAAAUGCAGGAUAAGUAUCCACCAGAUUCACUCCUAUUAGUUGAAGGCCCGCUAUAUGGGAUCCCUGAGGCAGGUGUUCAUUGGUUUGGAACAUACCAGGCGCACCAUCUUAACAAAUUGAACAUGGAAACCUCGACGUACGACCCAUGCCUUCUUAUCUCAAAGCUAGGAGACGACGAAUUUGGACUUGUGGGAAUGCAAACGGACGACACACUUCUUAUCUAUACAGAAAAGUUCUCCAGAGGUGAACAAGCCGUGUUGCAAGAGGCAAGCUUUAAAGCGAAGCCAAAAACACGACUCUCGGAGACCAAGCCUCUAGAAUUCAAUGAUGCAAGAAUUACCCUGCAGAAUGGCAUUGUCAAUUUACAACAGAAAGGGCAAGCAGCGAGGAUCCAACCAGUGGGUAUAGAAGAACGCGCACAGAAGUAUAUCGAACAACGCGCACGGGGAGCCUAUCUGGCUUCGAUCUGCCAACCUGAAGCUGCGUAUGACUUAGCCGUGGCCACUCAGCUGCAAGAGAAGGAUCGCUCCGAUUCUGAUUAUGAGGCGUUGAAUAAACGUCUCAUAUAUACCGCUAAAAUGAUCACCAGUCGUCUGGACCUACCGGCAAUGCCUGUAAUUAUUUGUACGGAUUCAUUUUCGCUUUAUGAAUGCCUCGGUAAGCUUGGGACCACCAAAGAGAAACGCCUCAUGAUCGAUAUCAUGGCACUUCGUCAAUCUUAUGAGAAGCACGAGAUCCACGAGAUCCGUUGGAUCCAUGGAGACGAUAACCCAGCCGACGCUUUUACAAAGUCAAGCCCUAACAAGGCCCUACGGGACCUUGUUGACAGCAAUAAGCUGACAGUUCGUGUUGAAGGCUUCGUUGAGAGAACCGGGAGCGAUUAGGAGGCGAUUCGGGGCCAAGUGGGGGACGAGAUCGAAGUGGAGACGUGUUUUCGGACACGCCAGCUACCUCAAUAGAUCUUUUGUUUGAUCCCUUCGUUAUGUUUUUG